AUGUCGAUUGUUUCAUCUGAUCAAAAACACAAGACGAUUUCACCUUAUGAUCUCACAUCGAACGAUAACCCAGGAGCCGUAAUCUCACAACCCCAACUCAAUGGUUUGAACUACGACGAAUGGGCUAUCAACUUCCGUAUGGCUCUCAGCUCUCGGAAGAAGUUUGGGUUCCUUGAUGGGAGUAUUCCUAGACCAGAAACAGGAUCUCCUCAUCUCGAAGAUUGGGUAGCGAAUAAUCAUCUACUGGUCGGAUGGAUUAAACUGACGAUCGAACCAAAGAUACGUUCUACGAUCUCCACACGAGAGAUUGCUAAAGAUUUGUGGGAUAUCAUAAAGAAGCGGUUCUCGAUCAAAAGUGGCGCUCGCCUACAACAACUUCGGAACUCGCUAGCAACCUGCAAGCAGAAUGGGUCCACGGUAGAUGACUAUUUCGGACGUCUAACAAGGAUUUGGGAUGGCAUUGCAGAGUGCAUGGAAACAAAACAAUGUGUAUGUGGAAAGUGUGAAUGUGACCUCAACACAGCACACGACAAGGAAAGAGAGACUUUGAAGGUUCAUGACUUUCUGGCGGGUUUGGACGAUUCCGUUCAUGGGGUUAUUAGAUCCCAACUGUGCGCUAUCACACCUCUGCCAGACCUUGAUAGUGUCUAUCAGACGAUAGUGCAGAAUGAAACAAUACAUGCGGCUGUAUCUCCUGAUGUCCCUGACCGCAGUACGAGGAUGCUGAUUGGAGCGGGUAAACGAGAGAGAGAGGGACUGUACCGGUUUCGUGGGUUUGAGCAAAUGACAUCUUUUCAGGCGACUGUCCAAGCAGAUUCAGUUUUGUGGCAUCAUCGAUUGGGUCAUCCAUCAUCUCAGAUUACCGGGGUUGUCUCAGGAGUUAGUAGUAGUAGUAAUGAUUUUUUACUUAAAGAUUGUGACCUUGUAUCUCAGCAGAUUCGUAACUUUCUGGUCAUGAUUGAGCGCCAGUUCUCGAAGAAGGUUAAAACUAUACGAAGUGAUAAUGGUACGGAAUUUACAUGUCUAUCACGAUUCUUUAGAGAAGAAGGAGUUAUUCAUGAGACAUCGUGUGUAUACACGCCGCAGCAGAACGGUAGAGUUGAGAGAAAGCAUCGACACAUUUUCAAUGUCGCUCGAGCACUUCGUUUUCAAGCUAAUCUAUCGAUUGAGUACUGGGGUGAGUGCGUUCUUACAGCAGGCUAUCUCAUUAAUAAGACGCCCUCAACUUUACUUGGGAAUAAGACUCCGUUCGAGAAACUCUAUGGUCAUGCUCCAGGAUACAAACACUUGAAGGUUUUUGGGUGUUUGGCGUAUGCUCAUAACCUAGAUCAUAAAGGUGACAAGUUUGAAUCUAGAAGUCGGAGGUGCAUCUUUCUAGGCUAUCCAUACGGGAAGAAAGGGUGGAAACUGUUUGAUUUAGAACGACAACGUGUUUUCACAUCUCGUGAUGUUGUCUUUCACGAGAAGACAUUUCCGUUUGCGAGUAAUGUACACUCCCCAUUGUUGAAUGAACAAUCUUUAUUGCCUCCGGUGAUGGCACAGACUGAAGGUGUAUUGGACUCUGCAGACGUUACCUAUGACUCUGACUCAGCGAAUGAGAAUACUGAGACAGUUGAAGUAGAUGUCACACAUGAUACGGAGCAGGUAGCUCCAGUUACUGAGACAAACAUGCCCCCAAUAACAGACAAUGCUGAGAAUGUGGAAGUAGCUCCCGCAGAUGAAUCACUUGGUCGUGGUCGUCGAACUAAGACUCGGAAUGUGAAGCUCCGUGAUUUUAUUGUUGAUACUAUUCCAUCUUCUUCUCCCUCGUCCUCUCUCGUCUCACUCUCACCUGCUCCUCAGCCUAGCUCAGGUACACCUUAUCCCAUCGCUAACUAUGUUUCUUGUGAUAGAUUCUCACCUACUCAUCAACAGGUUUUGAUGGCUUUUUCGAAUAAUAUUGAAACAAAGAAGUUUUGA